AUUCUUUUCAUUACACACUAAAACGCAAAGGCGUCAACAGGGAAGGAAGGCAUACGACAAUUUGUUAUACCAAGUGACAGUAAGAUCUUUUAUGAUACAUACAAUGACUAUUACAGAAACUUUAAAGACUUUAGUGAUAAGUACAAUAUUAGUUUAUUUAGUAAUGAGGUAUUCAAUGGAUUACAGUAAACAACAGAAUACUGAAUCAGUAUUCAAGUUACAUCAUAUGUUACUAAAUAAUAGCCAAGUGACAAUUAAUGAAUAUAUAGAUAGCCCUAAACUAUAUGGGUCUAUUGGUUCCCAAACAGAUAGUCCUCGUGAUUGUAACUUAGGACUAACCACACACAAUGAGGUGUGCUUGAGGUACCCACAAACCCAGCUCCGAGUACAUCAUUUUAAUGACGGUAAAGCGUCGUGUUAUGAUAUUGAAUGGCAAGCUUUAAGUUUAGACGUAAAAGAGUUGAGGGAUUGUUAUAACCUAGGAACAAGUCAUUGGUUUGGAGGAUUUCAACAUGUACGACAGCCAUGGCCAUUGGAAAAAAUCGACAUGGAGCAGACCCCUUAUGCUUCAGCCGAUUUGUUUUUUCACAAAGACAAAACUGUAGGUGGUGUUCAAGAAAGAAUUUUCUUUAAUUCGGAUGGUUAUGGUAUCUUUAUACCCGAUGACGUGCCUUUGUACAUGAGCAUCAACGGAUCUAACGACGGAAAGAUAUGUUUAGCUGCGAAACUCGAUGAAUAUCCAUACAUAAAUAACGUAGGUCCAACGAAACUUUCGUACACGAUAUGCCAGGCUUCAAAUGCAAAGACCGUAAGACGCUUUAUGUUGAAAAAAUAUCUGAAAACACCUAUUACCAUUCCAGACGAAACGUUAUUUACAAAACCAAUUUGGUGUACAUGGGCACAGUAUAAUAAACAAGUAAAUGAAUCUGCUGUAAUGGAUUAUGCCAACACCAUAUUAAAGCAUGGCUUCUCUCAUUCACAGAUAGAGAUCGACGAUGAUUGGACACCAUUUUAUGGAGAUCUUGAUUUUAACAAGAAAUUUCCUGAUCCCAAAAAUAUGAUAAAAAAAUUAAAUGCUAUGGGAUUCAGGAUUACCUUGUGGGUCCACCCUUUCAUGGAAUUAGGUUCUAGAUCUUUCGAGGAAGCUGCCAAUAAAGGUUAUCUCAUUAGGAGUAAGGGUGAUAGUGUUCCGGCUUUAGUCAAAUGGUGGGAUGGAGAUAGGGCAGGAUGUUUAGAUGUCACCAAUCCCGAGGCAGUCGAUUGGUUCAUCAAUAAUCUGAAAUAUUUACAGACUGAAUAUGGGAUAAGUUCUUUUAAGUUUGAUGCUGGAGAAUCGCAUUAUUUGCCGAGAAAUUAUGAAACUAAAGAACCAUUAAAAUCGCCUGAAGAUUUUGCCAGAUUAUGGGCAACGGUAGCGUAUAGAUCAGACACAACCAUCAGACACCAAGAAGUGAGGAUAGCAUGGAAAACACAAGAUUUACCAAUAUUUGUACGUAUGUUCGAUAGAGCUUCGUCUUGGGAUGACAUGGCGGGUAUUAAAACUCUUAUACCCACCAUGUUAACAUUUGGUGUCAUAGGGUACCCGUUUGUUUUAGCGGAUAUGGUUGGUGGAAACGCUUAUGAUGACUUAAUUUCUUUCAAUGGCGGAGCUUACCCAAAUCGGGAACUGUUUAUACGAUGGAUGGAGAUUAACACAUUCUUUCCAACCAUACAAUAUUCAAUAGCACCUUGGAUUUAUGAUCAGGAAGUAGUAGAUCUAUGUAAGAAAUAUACACAGUUACAUGAAGAAUACGCACCAUUAAUGGUUAAAUUAGCCAAACAAUCUAUUGGUUCGGGAGAUCCUAUAAUUAGACCAUUAUGGUGGAUAUCGCCUAACGACCAAACAGCAUUGACUAUAGAUUCUCAGUUCUUAGUAGGGGAUGAGGUAUUAGUUGCUCCAGUUAUAGAACAGGGAAAGAGAUCACGUGAUAUAUAUCUACCUAAAGGGAAAUGGAAGGAUGUUUUAAGAGGCGGUAUUCAGGAAGGUCCUAAAUGGUUGCUUAAUUAUAAAGUGGAAUUAUCGGAACUACCUCAUUUCAUUCAAUUGUUAUAAGCCAACCGAAUGUAUAUUAUAAAUCAUUAAAUAAAAAUAACAGUUAUGGAUAUAUUGUAGAAACUGUUUGAAGACUUUUAAAAUGUUAGAUUAUAGGACAACAGUGUUUAUGUGUCUUUCGUAGUUAUUGAGACUUUGACAUGUAACCGUCUGAGACAGAUUAGUACAAAUUAAGUCUGCAUUCCAAGAGGCGAUAUACAAACCUUAAAAAAGAGGCAUUCCAGAUAUAAGCUAGAUUAAUGACUUUACAAUUUAUAGUGAUUUUUUUUUAUUUAUAGAAAAAUAAACUUUUGAAUUGAUGACACAUCUGAUGUAUAACAAUGUAUUUUCAUUCUAAUAUAAUCAAAUUAUAAUUUACA